UCGAUUCAAGUAUUGAAUGGGUUCAACGGUUUACUACUCACCAUAUUUCUUCAUCAAUUUGAGCGAGACGCCGUGAUCCCUCGCACCUUACCUGCUGGAUAUUACGUAUCAUGGCCCCUCGCAAGACCAAAGCCACGGAGUUUUACGCUGUGUUCGAAGGGCGCGUCGAUGAGCCUACAAUCUACUCGUCUUGGGCUGAUGCACACCCGCGGGUGACGGGAUGCAGCGCUGUGUUCAAAGGUUUCAGUAGCCUUCAGAAGGCGUUAGACUACAUGGAGGGGCUGAAGGUCCUUGCUCCGAGGCGAAUGAUCAGGGAAGGAGCUGAGGCAUCUACUCCUGACGGGAAAUCUGACGGCUAUUAUGCUGUCGCAAAUGGCAGAAACCCUGGGGUAUAUCAAUAUUGGCGUGGUCAAACACAGGCGCUAUCUCAACUGCACGAAACCCCUGGUGCUUGCUGUAAGAAGUUCAAGACAAAGGAGCAAGCAGAGGCAUUCAUUGAGGAGUGGAAACAAGCUGUGGCUGGUGUGCUUCUGAGGUCCAUCAGAGAGGCGCUGGACCAAGGAAUGCGGCCAAAGGACAUGAGCUUCGACGUUUCUGGUUUGUUUGACUGGGACCAGAAUGACACCGAGAGCCACGAUGAGGCAGUCGGCUUGGGUUUUGAAGCUCUCAGUAUUCAGGACACGUAGACGGAGCAAUGACAGACCAACGGCACAGGACGAUUCUGCAGUAAUAUGAAUUUACGCUAUGUCGGACAUACGUUCUCCUGCACAGGGCCACCGUGUCAUGCGUGACGAAUUUCGUCAUUUUUGGAGUGGCUCUGAGCAAAACUGAUCAUCCCUAAUUCUGGCGGACGUUAGAAAAGAGGCUCGGAAACUUCUGGCAUGGCUCUUGUGGCGUAGCAGAUACCGUCAGAGACACCUACCCUCUGUGCUAGCAAUAUCGCGAGCACAACCGACAGGUUCGCAU